AUCCCCCAACAGGUCUAAAGCCCAAGUUAAGCCCAUGCAAAAAAAGGGGAAAUCAAAGAAUGUACAACAAAUUUUAGAUAGACUAAAAAGAGAGUUGGGGGCAGAGCAAGACUCUGCAACUGUAAGAGCUAAAGCUGGAGAGGGCAAAGUUGAAGUUGGAUCGCAGAUGGAGGAGAACGAAGGCGGCGGUGCUGGUGGUGGUGGGACUGGGACUAGGACCUACAGCCACAUCUGGUGGGCCCUAGCUAGUGCUGCCCAGUUGGGGUGGGCCAUAUCUUCCUUCAAAAGAGGCCACGCCGGCGACUCCCACUUCAUGCCCUUCAAAGCCUUCUCCGUCGCCUCCCUCUUCGUCGGUGCCACCGCAACCGCCGCCGUUUCCGUCCUCCAUGUCUCCGGCAUCCACAAGGUGGAAGACCUCCUGGAAGUGGGUGCAAAUAUAAGAACUGGACUUGGAGUUCGUCCAAGGGCACGAGAUAAAUAAGUUACUUCUCGUAUAUAUAAAUUGGAAUAUUUUUGUUAUUUUUUAGGCAUUGAGUUUUAUUUCUGAGAAUGAUUUUAGCUUUGUCCGGCCAUCUUCUUUGAAGAUCAUUGUCUAUAUUUUUUAAUGAAAACAAAUCCAUUUACAGAGAACGGAUAUCAUGCAUGCGUAAAAGCACACUCAUGGUUACACUUUUCUGUUUCUUUUCAAAGAGAAGCUAGCAGAAGAUUUUUCUAUGUUUAAGAACCGUCCUUGCUUCUCUCAAACCAGAAGUAAUAUGUUGUGUGCUCUUUGUCCAUGAUGAACAAAUGGGUGAGAAAUUUCCUAUAUGCUUGAGUUUCCUUUUCUUUUUCUUAGAUAAUCCUUGAUAACAAGCUUGCUACCACUGAUUACAUUGAGUUAAUAUCUGGAUUUAAAUUCUAUAAGGAUUUAGUGUAAAACCAUAUGGUGACACCCUCCAAUAAUUUUUGCGCAGGAUAAAAAAAUUAGGAUUUAGGUGACAGCGAGAGUAGAAGUAUGUUUGGAGGUAGGUACAUAAAAAGUAGAUGUCGAUUCAAAUGAAUCAUCUUUUCUACGUGGGUAAAUCUUUGCCUACUCGGAAAGAGGAUAGCAAGUUACAAUCAGCCUUCUACUUUUGUCUGCACAACACAUGGGUUGGAAGUUGGGAAGGCCAUCAGUGCACGGUGGGACUCUUUGUAUAGUUUUGUUGGAUAUAAAGUAGGGAUGGUUUUGGCAUGAUGCUUGGAAUGGUAUUGGUCAUUUGGUUCCUUUAUUUCUUAUGCUAUUCUAGCUAGUUGCAAAUAAAGAUGCUAUGAUGUUUGAAAUUUGAAUAUACGGAGGUGAUUUAUGGUAGGGUGCAUUGGAAUCCAUUUGAGGCCUGUUCAAAAUUGGACUAAUUUCUUUGUGGUGGUGUUCUCAGCUUGGAUCAGUAUGGGUAUGGAGGACAAGGUGUUUCAGAAAUUAAAUAAAAAUGGUUGUUUUAGUGCUCAUUUGUAUUAUGAGGCAUUAUAAAGGAACUAAUACGUUUUGGGAAUGUACCAGUGCUCAAAAAUGUUGGUUAGAAUCAGGGGUGUUGAAAAAGCUCUUGUUGGGUCUGUAUAUGCCUUUCAUUGAACUGGUGGGAAAAGCGUUGCAAACACUUCACACGCUGGAUCCAAAGACAUUUUAGGUGGCUAUAUGGAUGUAAUAGAAAUGUUCAAUGGAGAAUAGAGACAAAUCAGCGGGCACAAGCUCCGUUCCAUUGAAAUGGAAGCCACCACCGCCUCAUCAUUUUAAGAUGAACAUGGCACUGACAUCUUUCAUUGCAACCAGCAAAGCGAGCUUUGGGAUUGUUAUUAUAGACAGCAAUGGAGCAGUUAUGGUGGCUUGCAGAGACCAGCUUCCUCUCUGGGUGAUCAACUAUGGAUGGCAGCCUACUUAUCACUAAAAGCCUUGAUGGUUAUUGAGUUUGCAAAUAGCUUCUUGCACUGCUUAACUCAAAGGAACCUUGCCUAUUGGAGAUUACAGAUUUGGUGGAACCUAUUCGAUCUUUUUGUUGCAUUGAUCCUUACUCUAGCAUAGUUGAAUUCAAUUGGGGAAUCUAAAAUAACUAAUUUUGUCAGAGAUAAAGAGCGCCUAUGAGGGUGAUUUUAUUUAUGUGGACUUGUUCUUUUGGAAAGUUACAAUAGAAAAUUUUAUGAA